GAGAAAUGUCAGAAGAAGAAGCCGAGUUAGAGUGGGAGGAGUGCGGGGAGCCCGACAGCUGCGCUACCGUGGAAACGGAGGAAGCGGUCCUCAUGCGGAAUACGGACCAGCGCUGCGGGGACGAGCUCGACCAGUUGUGCGCAGCUGUAGACUCGGAGCCCGAGGGAGACAUGCAUCGCUCCCCGUCCGAUCGCUCCAGGCUUAGUGAGAACACGCGCUUGGCCACCCGAUACGCGGUGCGAAUCUUCAGGGAAUACCUGACGGAGAAGACGCAAAGUACGGACUUUGAGAGCAUGGAUAAGCACGCGCUCUGUAAAAUGCUGCGCUCUUUCUAUUCCGAGGCGCGCUCCAAAAGCGGCCAGCUGUACAGCAAGUCUUCUCUCAUCAGCAUACGGAGCUCGCUCAACCGGUACCUGAAUGAGCCCCCCUUCUGCCGCACGCUCGACCUCACCAAGGACCCCGAGCUGCGCAGUGCAAACCUGGCGCUCGCCGCGGUCAUACGCAAACUGGAGGAGCAGGGCGCCGGUCCCGUGGUGCAGAAACAAGCCAUUACGCGCUCGGACCUGAGAAAACUCUACACUUCUGCAGUGUUCAGCGCCAGCACGCCUUUCGGGCUGCUCAAUAAAGUGUGGUUCGAGACUUGCAUGUACUUCUGCACGAGGGGACGGGAGAAUCAGCGAGAGCUCGAGGAGGACUCUUUCGGUUUAGCCAUGGACGAGGACGGAAGAAAGUUUGUGUACUUCAAAGCUCUCGGGCCGUACCACAAAUCUCGAUCCUCCUCCUGGACUAAAAAAAGGUCUGACACGGACGAUGACAACCUUCCCCGCAUGUACGAGACCGGCACGGACUUUUGUCCUUACGCGAGUUUCGUGAAGUACCUCUCGAAGCGCAAUCCUCUCUGCAAGGCUUUUUUCCAGCGUCCGCGGGAUCACUGCAGCGAAAGUGACACGACCUGGUACGAGAAUAAAGCUAUCGGUAAAAACCUGCUGGGCACGAGAAUGCAGAUGCUCUCGCGGGCCGCCAAAUUGUCAAAGACCUACACAAACCACUGCAUUGGCGCGGUCUCCAUAGCAACGCUCAACGGCAUUGCGGGCAUCGGGUCAAAGUUAGCGCCUCUCCACGUCUCUCCGGAAACGGUCAACAGAGCCCGCGAGGCACAUCACUUCCAGCACCUGCUGCUGAGCUGUGCGCAGGACUGCGAGGAAGAGCCCGAGCUCAAACCGCAGAAAGUGUUCAAGCGCCCGCGGACGCUCGUCUAUCCGGUGAGCGUUUCAGGACCAGGGCCAGGGGCAUCGCCAAAAAGACUGUGCGCGCGCGCUACUGUGGAGCGCGCGGAGUCUCCGACGGUCACCGCUCGGGUUACCUCUCAUUGCGAAGGCAACGGAGAACCCCCUCAUAUGCUUCCCUCACAGGAGAAUCGCAGCAACAGUGUGGGCAUGUCAAAUCGGCCUCUCUUGGCGCAUUCGCCUGCCUCCCCGCUGGGCACAGCUGGCAUCCCCACACCUGCACAGCUUACAAAGGCCAACGCACCAGUCCAUAUCGAUGUAGGGGGUCACAUGUAUACCAGCAGCCUGGCCACACUUUCCAAAUUCCCAGAGUCCAGGAUUGGCCGUUUAUUUGAUGGCACAGAGCCCAUUGUAUUGGACAGCCUGAAACAGCAUUACUUUAUAGAUCGGGACGGUCACAUGUUCCGCUACAUAUUAAACUUUCUCAGGACCUCAAAACUGCUCAUCCCAGAUGAUUUUAAGGAAUAUUCUCUACUGUACGAGGAGGCGCGAUAUUUCCAGUUGCAGCCACUGCAGGCUGAGCUGGAGCGCUGGCGUUCUGAGCAGGACUCUAAGUACACAUCACGGAUGUGUGAGUGUGUCGUCAUUCGUGUGGCCCCCGAGCUGGGAGAGAGGAUAACACUCAGCGGCGAUAAAGCACUCAUCGAGGACAUCUUCCCAGAGAUAGGGGACGUCAUGUGCAACUCCGUCAACGCUGGCUGGAAUCACGAUUCUACUCAUGUUAUACGCUUCCCUCUCAAUGGAUACUGCCACCUCAACUCUGUACAGGUUCUGGAGCGACUGCAGCAAAGAGGUUUUGAGAUCGCUGCUUCUUGUGGCGGCGGUGUGGACUCAUCCCAGUUCAGUGAGUAUGUACUGAGGAGAGAGAUCAAACGAAGUCACCGUGGGGUCAUGACCUCCGUCAUUCGAAUCAAACAGGAACCGCUGGAUUAGCCGUCCACUCUGACAGAAAAAUAAACUGGAUAUGGCAUUUUUAACUGAAUUUAAAGGAUGUAUUGAUUUGCUGUUUAUGUUGUGGUCCUGCAAGACAUUUCUUCAAGGGUACUGUCCAUAAAUAAAAGAGUUUAAAUAAGGAACAAGAUUGGGAUUUUUCCAAACCUCUCUGGUUAUGCUGAGUUGUCACCAUCAGAUUUUUUGUUUUAUCCUUCAUUUCAGAAGGUUUGUUUUAAAACUGAAAGACUGAACCUUUGCCAGAUUCGUCUCCAUCAUGACAAGGAGAGGAAGAGGCUAAACAAAUGAUAUUAGACUCCAUAUAAGACAUCCUGUAAAGAAUUUCAUCAGCCAUACUUAUUUAAUAAUCUGUUUGAUGAAUCAUUUGUGUUGCAAAUCUUCAAGUGUUUCUUGCAUAAAUAUUGUAUCACCCCAGAGGCUAUUAGAAGUGCAAAUUACACCUAAUUAGAAAAAUAAAUACACACACAAAAAUUUGAUGUGAUUCUGGGAAUUUUUACAGAGUAAAAAGAAAUUAAGUUUCUAGGAAUGUUGCCAUUAGGUGAAACUUCCUUUUAAUCAAACUGUAUGAAUUAAAAGAUGUUUACAAAAA